AUGAGUGAAGAAGGGUCUUCGCCAGAGGGAAUUCCCAGAAAUAUCACUCAGUUGGCAGAGAGAAAGAUUCGUUUGGCAAAGGCGCAGGCUGAGGUCGACCGUAUUCUCAAUUGUCCGAUUGAUCCUCCUUUCGACACAGAGACAGAGCUGGAGAAGGUUAUCAGCAUUAGCCCCCCACUGGUUUCGGAAAACUCGAUUGAAUAUGCAAAUGAAGAGCAAAUCAGCGAGAUGGAAGCAGAACUCUACCAAGCUGUGAAGAAACAAGAAUUUGCAAAAGCAUCAGAGAUAGGAGAAGCUAUUUCUCAGAAACAUGUGGAUGAUUGUGGUCUUGUUUUGCAGGCUAAUUCAAGAUUUUAUGAUGCCUUCAGCAAGAAAGAUCCUGCCGCAAUGGAAUCCAUAUGGCUACAAGAUCGAUCGUGCAUUUGUAUUCACCCUUCCCAUAAACCUUUGGUUGGAGCAAAAAACAUCAUGAGUAGCUGGCGUGACAUGUUUGAAAGUUCAAAUGGUAGUUUUCAAAGGAGCUGGAUGGAACCUCAGGAAGUCAGAAUAACUGUACAAGCGACCACAGCCAUUAUCACGUGUGAAGAGCAUGUGUUCACAAGAAGGUUCGUUCGGGGCAAGACGAGAGAAACUGAGCUCGUCAACAAGCUACAAGCAACCAACGUGUUCCGAAAAAUUGGUGGAAAAUGGUACUUGAGUUAUCAUCAUUCCUCGUGGCAUGCGGGUAGUGAAGCUGCAAAAGUUGCUCUGAAGCACAGCAAAGGUGAAGAUACCUCCAAAGAUGGCGAAGACGAUAAGCCGACUCCUGCAAUCAGCAGUAUCCUUCGACCAGAGAAUGUCGGACCGAUUCUUGGUGAUCCAAAAUCAGGCAGUCUAUCCAAAAGUGGUCCAAAGAAAGUUAUCAUGGGUUCGUUGUCCGACCUCUUGAGUGGGCAGCUUGGAGAUAUUAUGGGAGGUGGGUCUAAUGACGCUGAUGAAGGAAUUGAGGAACUCUUAGGAGGAGGCAUUGAAGGAAUGGGUCCUAUGGGACCCGGAAAAGCCAUUAUCCGCGUUCACAAUAUUGGUGGUAGUUCAAAUGUUGGCAAUGGUAGUAACGAUGUCAGCGGCCCAACGUACGAAUGGGCGAGUGACGACGACGACGACAUCGAUUCGAGCUUGGAAGGUGGAAACAAAAAGAAGUCUCAACAGAAAUGUAUUGAGCUGCUACGAAAACUGGCAAUAGAUGGUAGAGUGUCUCAAAAGCAAAAGAGAAUUCUGCUCACAGAUAUCAUUAGCUGUUCAUCCAAGGGGGAAAACAGUAUGGUAGAAGUUGCAUUCGAGCUCUUGUGCGGAGAGAGUGGAAACGAUGAGGAUGCAGAAGAAGAUUUUGCUGAUCAAUGCCGCAUUUUGGCAGAUCAGAAGUUCGAGUAA